GAAGCUGCAUGCAUCGCCCGUCUCCCUCGCCAUCCCCACCGCCUGCCCCCUUCUGCCCCCCUCUCCUUGCCGGGUUGCAGGGCGCGCUCCAGCUCUCCGUGUUCCCCUCGCCGGGAACCUGAGCUGAUCAUUUCCUUUCCCACCGAUCGGUCCGUCUACUAGGAGCCGACGAUCGACAACAACCCAAUUCGUUCCAGCUCUCGACCGCUCGUUCAUCCGGCCCGCCGGGCCAUGCGCUGGAGGUAAGCCGGCGCCGACACCGACAUCGCCUGCAGUUCUCUCUCCCCCCUCUCUCUUGGACGUCCGGGCCGGGAGGGGAGGAGAGAAGACCAGAAGGACCGACGACACCUCGCGGCGCGAGCACGGAGGAGGAGGAGGAGUGGUGCGGGGAGACGAAGACGAUCUGCUGAGAUGGCGACGGCGAUGGACACGACGGUGCCGAGGAGCGGGGUGGGGGAAGGCGGCGGCGGCGGUGGGCUGAAGAAGGGGCCGUGGACGCAGGCGGAGGACCGGGUGCUGCUCGACCACGUGCGGCGGCACGGCGAGGGCAACUGGAACGCGGUGCGCCGGGAGACCGGGCUGCAGCGCUGCGGCAAGAGCUGCCGGCUCCGGUGGGCCAACCACCUCCGCCCCAACCUCCGCAAGGGCCCCUUCUCCCCCGAGGAGGAGCGCCUCAUCCUCCGCCUCCACGGCCUCAUCGGCAACAAGUGGGCGCGCAUCUCAACACACCUGCCGGGGAGGACGGACAACGAGGUCAAGAACUUCUGGAACACGCGCCUCAAGCGCCGGCAGCGCGCCGGGCAGUCGCUCUACCCGCCGGACGUCGAGCGGGAGAUCGCCCUCAUGCGCGCCCAGAACAUCAACCCGUUCGCCGACGCGGACGGCAACACUGCGGCGUCGCCGUUCUCGGACCCGUUCGCGCUGCCUCCCAGGCCGCCGUCGUCCACCAAACCGGCCUCUCACUCUCACUCCUCGCCGCUGAUCGACCAGCACCACCCGCUCCUCAACCAGAUGCAGGGGAUGCAGAUGCGCCACCACGCCGCACAGCACCAGCACCCGCAGCCGGCGUUCCACCACCACCACCAUCACCACCACGGCGGCAUGAGGGCUGCGGGGCUCCCGCCGUUGCCGGCCACGGCGGCCAGGCCGCGCGAGCUCCCUUCGAACCAAAUCGAGACGGCGAGCUGCAGCGGCGGCGGCGACGGCCUGCUCGAGGCGCUGCUGCUCGGCGUCGACGACCAUCAACUCCCCCGUCCCAACCAUGGCGUGUGCAGGGCCGGCUCCAUGCCCGAUCUCAUGUACGGCGGCGUCUCGAGCGCCAGCGACAGCGACGAUACCUCGCAGUUCCCUCCCGGAGGCCAGGACGCGCACCAUGGCGGGAAAUGGGACUUCCUCAUCGGUCAGUGCAUUCAUCCAUCUCGCUGCUCUUUCUGA